CGUGUCGCGUCAAAUGUCAUUUGUCGAUGGUUGUUGAUGUUUGGAAUAUAUUAGCGGUUGUUAUAUUAUUAAUGUAAUAAAUAUUUGAAGUUAUUUCCACAUACUUUUAUGAAACGAGGCAAAGCCACGAUCAUAUGCGAAGUCAAAAAUGGGAGUUACAGUUUUGCAGCAAUAUCCAGUCCCAGAAAACAAAACCGGCACAUAUGUUAUCGAGUUACUUACGAAACGUAUACUAGCAUUAGGUGCGUCGCAGCAAGGACAGUUUUUAGUUGAUUGUGAGAGCUACUUGUCUCAUCCACAAAUGGGAACAACCAAAACAGUUCACAUACUCCACAACUCGGAACAACCUGCAUCAGUUUUUUCAAUAUUAGAAAGUGGUACAAAAAACAUUCAUGUGAUAGCCGAUGGAUUAUUUGAUUUACUAAUGAUGAAAUUAUCUCAGCACUACACAUCAAAGAAGCAGACCAAAAUAGAAAGCAAAGGGCCAAGAUUUGAACUGGGAGAUUUCUGUGUUAAACUCGGCUCUGUAACAAUGAAUCAGAACUUUAAGGGUAUAUUGGUUGAGGUAGAAUAUCGUCCAUGUGUAAUGGCCAAUGCUGUCUGGGGUCUACUCCGAGAGUUCCUACAAGGUCUCUUAGGGCCUACAGUUCCAGUCCAGCCUACCCAACAUUUAAUGAGCAGGAUGAAUGAAAUUUAUACACCUAUAGAUACAAUAUACCAAUAUCUAGAACAUUUUAGUGCUUAUAGAAAAGUUACUGGAAUGAGAAAUAAUUAGUGACAGUGAUUUGUGCUAAAAGUGACAUUUAUUUUAGUAAUAUUAUAAGUGCAAAUGUAUGGAUAGAUGGAUUAUCAUCUCUACAACGGCUCAAUAAAGGAUCAAAUGUGGAACAGAUAUAGGUAACCUAUACCCUGGAAUAGCAUAAAGGCUUUUAAUAGUUUUAUCCAAUUCCAUGCAGACGGAUUUGUGUAAUUUUUUUCUCUCAA